UAUUGCGGUGGGAGGAGUGGCCCGGUGUCGGUCAUGUCUUAUAAACAUCGAGUUCAUUACAGUCCACGGAACGCGUCGCGCAUGGACUUGCCAGGUAUUUGUUUUGCCGUCUUCGACGAGUUAACAGUUAUAUACAGGUUUGAAAUGGUUUCUGUAAAUAUAAUAUAGGUUGCACAGUUGUAUAAGGAAAAGAACAUGGCUUAAUGCGUCGGAAUAAACAUCAAGAUUAGAGCGAAAAUGGCCCUAAAGUUUUCCUAAUUCGAAUUUUUACCUGAGUCAGAAUUUACCGCAACGCUCUCUGAACUACCACCAACAGCGGUCUUUAUUUAGACACAACAGUAGUCUUACUGUACACAUUUGCUUUGGAGUACUUUUAUAUCUAGAUAGCAGUUCCAAUAGUGGAGAAUGGAGACAGGUAAUUGUCGUAUGAAUGGUGGUGGUGGACUUGACGGUAUCGGUGGAGGCGGCGACGAUUCCUCAAAUGGUAUGAUCACGCUAGAGGACCUGGAAUCUUUUUCGGAAGACCAGCUGUCAGAUUCGGGCACUGGGAGUCUGGAAGAGGCGGGUGAGACGAUCGAGGACGAAGAGCAACAAGACGGAUUGCUGCGCUACUGGCAGGACGCCGCACGGGGACACCAAGUGGAAGUGCCUCGAGACAUGGCUGAGCCCAUCCAGCAGAUUACCAGCAACAACAAUGGCCAACACGACCGGGAGCAGGUGCCCUUCACCCUCAUCGCGCGUAAGGAAAAGUGUGGAGACAUGCUCUAUGAGAAGAGACACUAUGAGAAGGCCCACUGGGCGUGUAUCACGGUUCAUGAGGACACCUACGAGCAGAGCAUCUGUUACGGCUUCAUGAAGCUCAUGAGAUACAUCUGCCAGCAGAACUCCUCAGGUAGCUAUCUGGGUAUGACCAUCCCCAUCCUGACUGUGAUCCGUACGGACGAGAACCACUCUGUCUUAUCCAGGGACGUCACUGUGGCCUACUACCUGCCCACAGAAUACCAAGUCCAGCCACCCCUGCCUUCUGACACUGAAAUAAGCAUUGAGGAAUGGCCUGCCACCAUUGUAUACACAAGGUCCUUCACUGGCGCCACAAACGAGGUGACCAUCAUUAAUGAGAUCAGCGCCAUGGCGGAAAUGCUGGACUCUCCCGCCAUGCAUGUGAAUGACUCGUUCAUCGUGGCCGGCUACACCAACCCUGCGGUGGCGAACCGACAGAAUGAGAUUUGGUUCCUGGAGCGGCCUUGAGGGUCAGCCUAACCUUGGUCCAUCCUCCUAAACCUGACCCACCAAACACCCCCGUCCUCAUCCCUUCCUACUGAUUCACCCCUUCCUGUUCUAGAGAGGAGACUUUAGGGGCUUUGAACACCUUUGUGUCCAUGAACACCUUUACGAUAGGGCAUCUAGUCUAGAUAUUUUACUCUGCUGUUUUCCUCACAUAGUUGGGGCUUGACAUUCACUUCUUUUAGUCACUUGUCAUUUGGACAAGUAGGACAAAUAUUUCAUUUUAUUUGUCCAAAAAAAAAAAAAAAAUGGGCCGCAACACUAUUUUUUUAUUACAUCAUUGUAUGAUGCAAGGAACCACUUUACAAAAUAAAAUGGAGAAUCAGACAAAAAAAAUGUAGGAAACCAUCUAUCUAUUGGCUUCUUUGCCUGUCUCAAAAUACAAACACUGCCCCUUUUAAGGCUCUCCUGGAGGAUUGCUGGCCACCCUUAGCCUAUAAAAUAUUGCAAUGUUACUACAACCAAAUACUUUGUCUUCGUAAAAUAAUUCCCUUUGCCAAUAAGGUAGACUACGUCAAAGCAUGGUAACUAACAAAUAUGGGAUAUCUUUUGACUGCGUGUGAGUUAUUUGUCAAUGAGGCUAUUCUAAUAUUUUCAACGUUGUCAGAAUGACAUGGCCAAUGUUUAAUAGAGAGGAGAAUCCCAGCUCACCAACUGUCGAUGUAUUUCUCAACUCACAAUGUUGAGCGCUUGAUAGGUUUUACAACAGGGUUAUGUAGCAUUGCUUUACUAAUGCACCCGUUCAUCAAUGUUGCACUGGAGUGCCAGUGACAUGACAUUAAUGCAUGCUGAAUAGUUAGUUACAGAGAACUAGCCAGGCUAAACAAUAUGUUUUGAAUUGGCUAUGUAGUUUUAGUCUGUCUGUCAUUAUUAAAGGUUACCUCGCUGCUAUAAUGUCUGUCCGUCCACGGGCCUGCUCACCCACGCAGGUGAUUCACACACCAUGACUUUUCCAGGAUUUUAAUGACCGUACCCUGUUUGCUGACCAAAAUAAGCUAUAACUGGGUAAAAAAAUAAAAAAAAUAAACUAGCAAGGAAUAUCAACAAAUGUGCACACGCUCGUGCCUGUCAAUGCAAUACAAUUCUACUCCGAUGCGAACAGUGUGCAAAACAUCGCAUACGGGAGACACUUGUUUGAUAGUGAUUUUUGUGAUAUUUUUUUACUUGUCCAUUCGGACAACAAAUCUAUAUUCUGCUUGCCCAACUUUUUAUUUUACUUGUCCUGGACAGGCGUUAAUGUUGAGCCCUGAUAGUCUUGAUGACCUCCGAAGGGUGAGGAGUCAUGUGACGGUUACUUGAUUUUUUGUGAGAAGUGGAUGGAUAUUAGAGCCAUGCCUCUAGAGAGUUGGGCCAACUGUUAGGUUGUAAAAUAUCUUUCUAAUUCUAGAUAUUCAGUGACAUAGCGUUGUUUAUAUAUUCCCCAUGUCAUGUGAAUGGGGACAGCUAACAUGGCUGCCAUAGAAUGUUGAAUAUUGUUCUAAAUUCUAGACAGUGACAUGGUGUUUAGAUAUUCCCCAUGUCAUGUGAAUGGGGACAGCUAACAUGGCUGCCAUAGAAUGUUGAAUAUUGUUCUAAAUUCUAGACAGUGACAUGGUGUUUAGAUAUUCCCCAUGUCAUGUGAAUGGGGACAGCUAACAUGGCUGCCAUAGAAUGUUGAAUAUUGUUCUAAAUUCUAGACAGUGACAUGGUGUUUAGAUAUUCCCCAUGUCAUGUGAAUGGGGACAGCUAACAUGGCUGCCAUAGAAUGUUGAAUAUUGUUCUAAAUUCUAGACAGUGACAUGGUGUUUAGAUAUUCCCCAUGUCAUGUGAAUGGGGACAGCUAACAUGGCUGCCAUAGAAUGUUAGUGUCAUGUAAAUGCACCAAUGCAGGAACCUCAAUGUCCCAUCUCUCUAAAUACAUGGUUCUGGUGGAUCCUAAUUAUUGCGCCAGUCACACUGUAAACCUUGAAGAACUGGAAUCCUUACCAGGUUAUUAACAAUCCUGAACGAUGACUGCUAUUCCAGUCUGCUUUAGGGGGGGGUAAGUGCAGUCUUCACCAUGGUAACUACCACAGUUUAGACAAUUUAAUGCGAUAGGAGGGUGGAUUUAUUCGUUAUGAAGUGUAAGUAAAUUGUGUCAUUCUCUUUCUGUCAAUGAAAAACACUGAACAUGACACAGACAAACACCGGAUAAAUUAAACAGCCAACAGUCUGAAUGUAUAAGCAUGGUGAGACAGAGAAAAUACGUAUUACUACAAACCAAAAUCACUUACCUUUGUUGUAUGACAAUCGAGCAGCUAUCUACAGCGUACUACACUUUUCUAUGCUCUGAGAGUCAAUGCAUUCCUCAUUCUUAAAGCCAUGAUGUUCACAAACGACCUAAUUCUGUCUCUUUACCUAAUGUUCAAAUCCAGACAUUGUUUUGUGUUCGUGUGUGUGUACUAUUCGCAAGUUACCUGACACUGCUGACGAGGAACAGGUAACAUUGAAAACAGAGUAAAAGCAUGGAGCAGUGUGAUGGAACUGCCUAUCAUAUACACGGUUAUAUUUGUUUAUCUGAGUAAGAAAAGUGAUUUAUUAGUCCACAGCAUUAGGGUUCUAUACCCCAUUUUAGCGAAAAUCCAUUAAAGCUCAAAAUAACGAGGUAUUUAUCUUCCAAAUAUUUUGUAAUGAAACCAAUUACUAAGAGGAUGAAUUUAGCAUAAGAGAAGUGAUGUAUCAAUCUAUUUUGUUGACUCAACAAUAUAGGAAAGUUCAAGCUCUAUCAGUUGUUUUAAAGGAGAAUAGGCCAUUAUUGCUCAACACCGGGCUGUAUAUUGAAGUAGCUGUGACAACACCAGUCACAGUAUGUCAGGUAACUGUACUUUGCCAAAUAAUCACUGUGUAAAGUCUCGUUCAGGAGAUCAUCUUUCUCAUUAAUGACCAGUCAUAACCAUUAUUUGACCAUGUACCGGAUUCCGCACCAUGUAAACAAACAGCAUCUCAAAUACUUAAAAUCGCCAAGUCCAGUCUGAAAGUAGUUCACAGAAACUGUCGUCCCCAUGACUUCAUGAUCAGCGUAGUGAUAUAACGCGCGCCUUUUAACCGAGUUGUUUCAGUGGUGGUUAGUCUUAACUCUGGUUUGGCCUCUGCAGCUUUUUACACUUUAGGUUAGUUGUUUUCCUGCCCGUAAUGAGAGCU